GUGAAAUCGACUUGAUUUUCUACGUCUGACCAAUUGCAGCGUUGCAUGGUCACUACUCCAGUGGGCCUACGUACUGGCGAAAUCUCAAGCUUCUCUCGGAGCCUGCCUCCUACGAGCAACCUCGAACCCGAGCGACCAAAUCUCAUACCGGAACGCGACCAAGCUCUCGAAACUAGACAUCAAGCAAGUGACCAACGGUCCAAUACGACAAUAUGAACUCAACCCAGGCUGCCAUCGAGAACGUUGACCUCGACAAACUCAACGACGCCGACAAGGGUGAACUUCGCCAGUUCCUCAACACUCAACAACAGCGGUCGCAAAUCCAGUCCCGUAUGUUUUAGCGAUGCGCCGCGCACAAGAGAACGAGACUGACAGUGCUGCAACAGAGACACAUCAGCUCACGCAAGUGUGCUGGACGAAGUGCUUCACCGGGAACGUUAGCGGCAGCAAGCUGGACAAGACCGAGGAGGGAUGUCUUGCGAACUGCGUUAACCGUUUCAUGGACCUGAACCUUCUCACAGUCAAGCACCUCAACUCAAUGAGGCACUGAUAACCCCUCGCGACGAACACCGAGGACAAGAACUCGAGCAACUGCCAUUAACACCCCGCGACAACGCACAUCAAACAAGGCGAUUCAACCACUGUACUUGAGGAAUUGGAAGGGCUGUACAACAUUGCACUGUAGAAUGUACUCUUAAACAGAAAACCAUUGUACUCUUAAUUGGGAAAGCACGGACGAAGCGUUGUCACGACUGCGCAUGUACAGAAUCA